AGCUUCCCGUUGCCAAAUAAAGGCUGUUUCAAGUAGAAAUGACCCAUAAUGCACUGCAGUGGUGCUUUUACUUUGCUCUGAGGAGGAGGAACAUUUACAAGAAGAACCCGUCAGCAUGAACAAAUGUGUAGUUUGGUCAGUGUUGGCUUGAAGACACGUUUUAGGCGAACAUAUGAGGUUGAAGUCUGGCUGGUUAGCAUCUUAAUAAGCUCAAAGAUACCGGCGGUGUGAGCUCAAUCUGUGAGGAAGUGACCUAGAAAGCUGCAGCUGGGCUGAUUGACAACCUUUCGCCCCCCUUGAAGGAUAAAAACCUAAACUGAGCUUGAGAUGGAGUUUGCCUGCAGCCAUGUGGUGUGCGAUUGGAGUCCCGACAAACCAGAUAUUUCACGCCUUCAGCCUCAACUUGACACCAGACUGGAUGUGAUAAAGGGAGAAGCUCCUCCACCAGUACCUCCUCGCCGUUUUAGGAAGCCUCGACCGACUUCUCUUCCUCUUCCACCUCUUCCCUCCUCCAAGGCUUCCAUGGACCAUCUGUCCUUCCCUCCUCCUCCUCCUGUUCCACCCAGACUUGACAGGCUGGAAGUGGAGAGUGGAUGUAAAGCCAACUUUAACGUGGUGUCCUUUAAUUUUGAAAGAUUGGUUGACCUUAGUGAAGAAACUAGUGUGGAGUUUUUCGAGAAGCCAAUCGUUUGUGUGAAAUGUAGAGCAGCGCUGUGCUCUCUGAGCUCUGUACAGAGAAGCGUGUGGCUUUGCGAGUUCUGCGGGUGUGAAAACACCGUCGACGACAGUGUGGUCAACGCGUGGGACGGUCAACAUACAGGCGUACGCAGCGACAACCUCUACUUGCCGAACAGGAGCGAGGACGACUACCAGAACUUGGAGGACACGCUGGUGGUUUUCUGUGUGGACAUUUCUGGCAGCAUGAGCGUGACUACAGAGGUUCUGUCAGAAACUGGUUCUCCAGUUCACAAAUCCAGACUUGAGGGUAUACAGAAUGCACUGGAGGGGGCGCUAAUGUCCAUAAUGCAGCAGUCGCCUCGAAGAAGAGUGGCUCUGGUGACCUUUAAUGAUGAGGUGGUGAUAUAUGGUGAUGGGACUCGGCCUCCCCUCACCUUCAGGGAUUGGGCGCUGGUUGACUACGACCACGUGUGGCAACAAGCGGUGGACUACAGCGUCCCUCACUGCAUCGCUGAGACGUACCACCAUCUAAUACGAACAAUCAAAGAGUUCAGGGAACACGGGGCCACAGCCCUUGGUCCAGCAGUGUUGGCCUCAGUUGCUAUAGCGUCCAAGUAUCCCGGCUCAAAGGUCAUUUUGUGCACCGACGGCAAAGCCAACAUCGGACUGGGAGAAAUGGAGCCAACGUCCUCUCAGUCCUCUUCCCCGCUAUCGUCAUAUUUCUACAAGCAGUUGGCCCUAGAAUCUGUAAAGAAAGGAGUUAUUAUUUCAGUAAUGACUUUCAAAGACACAAAUUGCCGCUUGGUGGACAUCGGGAGCCUGGCUGAUGUUACAGGAGGACGGGUGCACAUUGUCAGCAUCGAAACCGUGGCAACCAGCAUCCAAUCUGUGUCUGAAGACAACGUUUUAGCAACAGGAGUCAUGACAACACUGCUAGCUCCUGAUGGAGUAUAUUUUCCCUAUGAGGAUGAAAAUAACCACAAACUAGUGAGAGAAAUAGGAAAUGUAACGAGGGGGAUGGAGAUCACCUUUCAGUUCGCUGUCAAACCAGAGUCCAAAGAAGUUUUCCUCCAGAAGAAAACAAUUCCAUUCCAAAUACAGCUAAGCUUUAAGACCAGAGAUCAGCAAAAAGUCACACGGAUCGUCACCGAACAGCGACCUGUAACGAUCAGGAGUCGGAUCCUUUUGGGUGACCUGAACGUGGCAGUGCUUGGUGUUCACUGCGCUCAGCUCUGUGCCAGUUUAACUAUGGAGGGCCGAGUGAAGGAAGCAAAGAAGCACCUUAAAACACAACAAGACCUUCUCAAACAAGUCAGGCUGUUCCAUCCACGCUGCAGUAAACUGAGGCCCAUCCACAAGGAAGAAAGCUUCUAUGGUAACUGGAUGGAAACCAUGACAACAGUCUGGCAUGACAUCACGGUGGAAUCCCAGGUCCUUUCGGAUGAAUCGGCAGAGGUGGUGUACCAGAUGAGGAGAGCCAGUAGCACCAGCAGGGAGGAUUACGCUGAGUUCGCCAAGACUGGAAGAAGAAAAAAGGCCACGAUGGAAGCUGUCUGAAAAGAUCAGACAUGUCCAAAUGGAGGCUUAGGUUUUCAGAACAAUAAUGUUCACCUAUUCAAAGAGACGGGUGCAGGAAAAAGAAAGCACCUGCCAAGUUAAAGAUGAUAAAAAAAAUGGUUCAAUUAUGACAUUGCCUUGACCAUAGUGUUGAUUUUUUACUAUAAACAUCAAUGUUAUUUGGGGUUUUCAAAAUGUUAUUUGAACUUAAAAUCACAGUUUUUAAAGGGUUUUGAUUUUUCGCCAACAAAGCAACACCACUGCAUGAUACUGCCACAUCCAUACCUCUUUAUACCAGUUAAAAUUCCUAAUAAUUA